CAUGAACAGAGUGAAAAUCAGCAUGAAGUGCUGCUCACUCGAAUUAACAAAACUGCUGUGUUACUUUGAGAUGCCUUUAUCUUAUGAAUUUCAGACUGGACAUACUACUGAUAUUAUACCAAAAACACGUGGGAAUUGGUCUGUUUUAGAGAAAGUUAUAAUAGUUAUUGUAGUUUUGCUGCUUUCCUGUAUUAAAACGAAUGGGCUACAGGAACUUGGAGAUUCUGUCGCACUGUACUUUUUAGCAGAAUGUAUAAAAGCAACUGUAAAUGGAAUUUGUGACUUUACUGAAGAAUGUCGCCAUCUGCAAGCUAGAUACCAUGGAAGUUAUCUUAAGGCAUUAGAAGCAUGCUUUGGAUCAGUUCAGAAAACUGCAGUACUGAUGAUUAUGUCAGUUUUCUUCUAUCUGCUCCGCAAAAGAGAAAAUGUACCAUUCCUCCAGGUCAUCAGAUUAUGUUUUUGCAGUAUGCUGUAUUCAGUUCUUGGACUUCAUAGAUUAACACCUGCAGAAAUGUCAGUAAUCUGUGAAAAGGAGAAGCUAAAUGUAGCACAUGGACUGGCCUGGAGUUACUAUAUAGGAUAUUUAAAGAUUAUACUUCCAGGAUGGAAAAAAAACAUAGCAAAAUUUAAUGAGAAACACAACAACCUACUGAAGCAAAAGGCAUCUCAGAAACUGCAUGUAUUAAUUCCACUCAGUGGAGUGAUAUAUGACAAAUUAAAUGAGGCAGACAACAACAUAAUAUUCCAGGAGAACACUCCAGAAAUUUCACUUGAUAGAGGAGGUGUCCAAAGAAGGACUUACAAACAAAGUGUGUACCAGAUACUAGAUGAAGAUAAAAGGCCUCAUUACUGCAUCCUUGAGUAUCCUGCAAUAUUACGUACCUUGUAUGAUAUGUCGAAUGACACCAGUGCACAAUUUAGUAGGGAGCAACGGCUGAAUGAAACCAAGCUUUUCUACAGAACUUUACAAGAAAUUGUAGACAAGUCUUUGGAGUACAGAGAGCAUGUAAGACUGAUCAUUGUAAAUGAUAUUGAAAAAAGUGACAUGCAAGAGAAAGAUCCACAUUUUCUAUCCAAAGAAGUAUUAAAACACAUUAAACAGGGGAAGAAGAAGAAUAUAUAAUGUAUGAAGGAAAUUACAAUCAGAUGGACUGUGCUGGUGCACUGUCUAGGGAGCCACAAGGAAAUUACAGUCAGAUGGACUAUACUGGUGCACUGUCUAGGGAGCCACAGCUAAUGAUCAGUGAAACAGAGGAACCUCUGCCUUUACGACGUGACAUCUCUUCCAAUGAAGAUCCCUUUUGUGGCAGAAUAUAGGGCACACAAGUGACACAAUGUCCCUUUCACUAGGAAUCCUCCGCCAGAAGCUUGAAAUGCAGCAGAAGAUGCAGUGAUUAUAGCCCCUCGAUUAAGGGCAGUAUUUACACUGCAGACUGAGGUGGUCUUAUACAUUACAUUUUCAUUUACUUUCAGUGUUUGUUAAUGAUGCAAAUGUUAUGGUCUCCAAACGCUUAAGCAGUAAUUUGCAAGAAGCAUGGCAUUUUUAGAAGAUUUAAUACCAAGGUGAGAUUUCCGUUGGAAUAAGAAAUAAUGAAGUCUAUUAGUUUCAGCAAUUGCUUUGAACCUGUGAAGAAUGUUGUCUGGGCAGGAACUGCAGCAUUCAACAGCAAACUUACAUCAAUAAUGAAGCAAAAUAUUUGUCAUUAAUGGCUAUUCAGUUAAGCUAAUCUAUCAGUAUUAACUUAUAUUGACUAUAUUGGUAUACUGUUACAGCAGUAAUAAGUUAUAUUGAUUUAUAUAUACGAUAAGACAGAAAAUUUUCCUCUAGUCUGCCAUUUCACAGUGGCUUACUGCAUGCUACUACCCUCUGCAGCCUCUUUCACCCCUCCAUCGUCUGCCUCAUGCCUUCCGAAAGUUAACCAGAGGUACAUCCACUCUUCCGGUAAACUGCUUAAUUUAUCCAUCACUCAUUUUAUGCAUAAAAGUUUUCCUUACAUCAGGAUGUGCACUUAGUUUAGUAGUAGUGCCCUGUCCUCUCUCUGUCCUUCUUUAGUUAAAGCCCCCCCACCCACAUACUUUCCCACUACUACUUAAAACAGCUAUAUUAUGUACUCCUGCCCUCCAGAGUGAAUACAUUCAGUUCUAUAAACCUCUUUUUGUACUGCAUCUUGUGCAGUCCCCUCACCAUCCUUGUGAUCUUCCUUUCUUCCUUCUCAUGCAAUUGUAUCUCCUUUUACCUUGAAAGGACAGCAUAACUAUUUACAAGAUUCUAAUCAUGACUGGACCUAUGGCAUAAUAGCAUUGUUGCUCUGUUCCUUGAACAGAUUCCUGCCUGGAUGCAUCCCAGCAUGUUACUCAGUUUGGGCCUAGUAGUUAAUGUCUACAGAGAGUAGAACUGUUACGUCCUUCUCUUGCUUAGUAGUAUCUAGUUUAUCACUCCUCAGCUGUUGCUUAGUUCUGAAGUUAUUGGUCUCUAGUGGUAAGACAUAGCACUGAGAGAAACUGAACUUCAGUGACCCCUUGUCAACCCACUGAGGUCCCUCUGUGUCCUCUUCUCUUUAUUUGAAAUCACUCUUAUACAAUUUUAGUAUUACAGGCUAACUGCAUUUCAGUUCCUCUGGCAGUAGCCAACACAAACAUCUGAAAGACUAAAGAGUACCAAGCCAAAAAACAACCACUGUAGGACUGUGGUACCCACCACUCACUCUCCUGCCAGUCUCCCUUAUCUACAUCUCCUGCUUCUCCCAUUUCAUUUUUUCACAGUCCUACUAGCUAUCAUCUCCAUAUCCCCCAUGCCUUCUACUUUAUUAUUUAGUCAUUUGUGGGGCAGGGGGGGGGGGGGGCAACACCAAAAACUUCUUGAAGUGGGCACUUAUAUUCCCCUUUUAAGUUUCAGUGAAUCAUCCAGCCAUAGAUGGAAAGGAAGCAGGAUGCAUGCUGUCCAGGCCUUGCACUUUAUUUUCGGUCCCACCACUAUCUUCCUGUCUUUCUACCACUGUAUAAUCCUACCAGCUGUUUGUGACACUCCCUCAACCUGCUCUCUCUCCCAUUCUGGUAUUCCUUCGCCUUUUAUUUUUGAAAUACUGAUGCAAAUAAUUUAUUUAGAACUAAUGCCUUAUUUUUCUGAUUGUAUUCCCAAACACCACUUGA